GGCGGGCGGGUUUGAGGGAGGCGCCGGCUGCCAUGUAAGCGCCGGCCGGGCGGCGGGGAGGCGGCGUCGCCGCUAGGGGCUGAGCCGGCAGCGGCGAGCGCUCCGGCCGCGUCCCGUCCCCGUCCCCGUGCCGUGGCGUGCCGCGGCGGCUGCCGCCCUGGCCCCGGGCAUGGGAGCGGGGAGGCCGGUGCGAGGGGGAGCUGCCGCGCGGCGCUGAGCGCGCCGUGGGGGCCGCGCCCGGGGCCCCCCGCCCAUGGCCUUCAUGAUGAUGAAGAAGAAGAAGUUCAAGUUCCGCGUGGAGCUGGAGCUGGACGAGCUCUCCUCCGUGCCCUUCGUCAACGGCAUCCUCUUCUGCAAGGUGCGGCUGCUGGACGGCGGCAGCUUCAGCGGCGAGUCCUCCCGGGAGGUAGUUCAGGCAAACUGUGUCCGCUGGAAGAAAAAGUUCUUAUUUAUGUGUAAAAUCAGUGCCAGUGCCACAACAGGGAUUCUGGAUACCUGCAUCUGCAGGGUGUCUGUACGGAAGGAGUUAAAAGGAGGAAAGGCAUAUGCAAAGCUGGGCUUUGCAGAUCUAAACCUAGCAGAGUUUGCUGGAUCGGGAAAUACCACUCGGCGCUGUUUACUGGAAGGUUAUGAUACCAAAAAUACAAGGCAGGAUAACUCCAUUCUCAAAGUUUUGAUCAAUAUGCAGCUAAUGUCUGGAGACCCAUGUUUUAAAAUGCCUCCUUCCACAGCAAUGUCUCUAGCAAUUCCUGGAGAAUCAGAAUCUUUGCAUGAAGACAGAAAAGGUGGAGAGAACUUGAAAGUAGUACAUCUGGGAAUGGCAGAUGUCUCAGCAAAGAGUGCCUCAGUCCCAGACGAACUUGGUGCAUGUGGACAUUCCAGAACAUCAAGCUAUGCAAGUCAGCAGUCAAAACUGUCAGCAGGAUACAGUACGUGUCACUCUAGAUCAUCCAGUUUGUCUGAACUCUGCCACAGGAGAAACGCCUCAGUGAGCAGUACCUCAACAGGAAUUGGAAGUAUUCUAGAGCCAUGUGAAGAGGGUGACCUAAAAGUAACAGAAAUGAACUUUGAUACAUCUGUUAAAGAUGAGUCCUCAGAAAAACUCUGCAGGCAUCCUGUGAAGCAAGACUCUGUGGAGUCGCAGCUAAAGAGGGUUGACGCUACCAGAGUCGACGCAGAUGAUAUAGUUGAAAAAAUACUCCAAAGUCAAGACUUCAGUUUAGAUUCAAGUGCAGAAGAGGAAGGUUUAAGAUUAUUUGUGGGCCCUGGUGGAAGCACUUCUUUUGGAAGCCAUCAUCUACCUAACAGAGUAGGAUCUGGAGCAUAUGAACAAGUGGUGAUAAAACGCUAGACUAGAAGAGCUUAAACAGAAGAAAAAUGCUGGAGCUCCAGAGUGGAUACGUCAGUUCUUGUUUGCUCUGUUAUAAGAGUUGUGAAAGACAAGAUGAACUGAACACAAGGUAGUUGGGUGGGGGUUUUCUUUUUUAAUUAACGGAAUGCCUCUUGCUCAUAGACCUUCAAAUCUUCUGUGGUAUGAAGGCAAUGUUUAGCCACGUAUGCCUUGUGCAAGCACUUAAACUGUUUUUGUAAGCUUUACCUGAUGUUAGUGAAUUACUUGCUUUGUAAAUUGUGUGAAAUAUCUUUGUGGAAGCAUGAUAAAUGGAUCCUACUUCAUUGUUUUAUACAGGAGAUCAAUUACGAUGAUAUGCUUUGUUUGUAACUUCUUUUCUAAAGAAGCCUUACCUUUAAGGAAUCAGUCUUAAAUGAACCUGAAUAAAUUAACUGGACUUCAUUUGAUCCUACCUGCAAUUUUAAUCUUACCGCAGAUAAUUCCCUCUAUCAAAAUUAAUAUGAAGAUUAUGGUCUCCACAAAACAGCCCAACUGUGUUUUGAACAUAUCCAAAACAUUCUCUUUAAAGUAUUGAGCAUAACUUUAUUGUACAGUAGAACAGUAGAGGUGAGCUUCAGAUGCAUUUAAAAAAAGCUACUACUUAAUAAACGUCAACCAUCCAUUAAUAGGUUAUUGUUAUUACUAAAUGAAGUCUAGAGGAUUAAGCACAUCAAAAUGUGACAUCUGGCUUUCUGUAAAUGACAAAAGAAAUGGGAUUCAACAUCAAAAUACCAAGGCACAGUAAAGUAUUAUCCAGAAAGCCAUUUUGUCUCUGUGAUUCUCAAGUCUGGAGUUUAAAACUUCUCUCACAGAACCUUCAAUAAUGCAGAACCUUGAGAUGCAAUGGAUGGUAUUGUUUAACAAACUAGUCAAUAACUUACACCACUAUGAACUUUUGUAGCUUAAUCCUUCACAGCUGCUUAGUGCUUUGCUUGUAUUUUGAAGGUGCCUUGAGGGAAAGGGAAAGUACAGGGAGGUUAAAUCUACUAAACAACUUGAGCUUUAAAAAUAGACAAAUAUCUAAACUACUAGAACUUACUAAGAGAAGCACUUUAUUGUAUACAUUCUCUCAGCACUCUGAGAAAAGCUCCACUGUGCAACAGACCUGUUAUUUCAUGUAAAACAUUUAUUCCUUCACCAUCUGUCCAUUAUUACAUUAAGGUAAAUGUACUGUAUUUAAAUUUGCACAAAUAGUUGACUGUGGCAGAAAAGAUGAAAAAAGUCUUUUAAAAUUUCACUGAAGUACAAAGGAAACCAUUUUUAUAGGGAUGUAUGAGGUGAAACAAUUCUAAUUCAGGCUUGGAUCUGCUGUAUUUUAAUUGUAAACUGCAGAUACUUAAUUUUGUUAUCACUUAUUGUAUCAAUAAGGCUUGGAUUAAAUAAAAAUAGAAAUAGUGUAGCCACAGAAAGUUCUGAAGGCUUCAAACUUUCUCAUACUGGUGUUCGACAUUGUUUUGUAGAAGUAUAAAUAGGUCCUAUUUCAUAGGUUGAAGGAGGAAAGGCUUUGUGUAACAGGUUUUAUGUUUUCCAUAAAUUCAUAGUAUAGUUAAACUCCAUUUUUAUUUACAUUUUUAAGAAACUUUGAGAGUUUGAAGUUUGAGUAGUGUUAUUGAGUAUGAUAAAUAUGAGCUAUUUCUCAAUUAUGGUACUGAAAUACUUUUAUUUCCUACUGUUCAUUAUCAUCUCUUUACUUUGGACUGUUAAAAAGUAGGUUAAAAAGUAUAAAUACAAAGGUUGUAUUUUAGCUGCUGUUAAUAGUCUGCAAAGAAGUAUGUGCAAAAAUACUUCCACUGUGUUUACAUAAUGGAGCUAGAAAUAUAUGCUUGCAUUACUUUUUUAAAUAAAGUAUUUAAAUUUUUCUAUUUUCUAUUUCAAAGUCAGAGGUAUUUUUAUGAAUCGGACAACAGAUAUAACACUUUUACAAAAUGAUCUAGGACCCAGUAACUGCCACUUCUGACUUUCCUAUAAAAUGCUCAUUUUUAUCAUUGACUGCAAAAUUACUGAUAGUGGAGCAAAGCUGAAAAUUUUCUUCUGUCCCCUGAAAUUCAGUAGAAUAUCUGUGCAAAAUCUUUUUAGCCCUUUAGCCCAUCACUAACCAGAGAGGGAAAAAAGUAAAAUAUGCUAAAAAUAAUGUGGUAGUGAGAAUGACCUAUGAUUACAGCUGCCAUUUCUCCCAAUUUUCAGUUUUCUCCUCUCCAUGAAGAAAUACUAAAAGAAGUUAGAUGAAUGGUUCUAUACUGAUCAGCUGCUCAUUUUAUUCCCCCCCCCCCCAUCCAUCUACAAAUACUAGGAACUCUUGGCUUCUGAGAAUGUUAAAAUUGAGUCAUUCCAUCUUCAAUCUACUUCUACUCAAAAUACAGCAACUUGUUAUACUACACUAUGAUGUCUGUUCUUCCUAACAGAAGAGCAGCCACAAGGUUAGCUUAUCUUGAAGGUAACCCAAACUUCUUCACUUGAUAUAAUGUUAGGUAAAUAAAAAUUUAAGUCUGCAGUAGAUUCCAUUAUCAUUUUAUUCAAAAAAAUCUUAGGGUUUGUAAAGAACCUGGAAAAAAAGUGUUGUAAAACAUAGGUUAUUACAUUAUGUCUAGCCUUUGGCUGAGAUACUAAAUUAAUUGCUGCCAACUGUUAUUUUCCUUUAGUGCCAAUUACACAGCACCUACUAAUCAGUCUGUGUAUAAAGAAUGAAGAUUUUUAUUGGUUUUUAUUUAUUUCAGGUAUUUAACCUCCUGUUAUUACCUGCUCAAGUUCUAAUGUUCAAAAGCAUUUAUGUAGUUGUGGUUUUUGUGCUCCAUAGGAAUUUUAAACAGAAAAUGCAUAAUAACUGCUAGUAUUCUGCAGUUUCUCAAAGCAUGAGUUUCCUAUCCUGUUCAAAAACUUACACAAACAAACAAAAAUCCUACUGCAAGUCAAAAGAUGCAUGAAACUUAAGUUAUAUUGCUUUCAGUACUCCUGAACAUUGGUAUACUUUUGACAAAUCCGUCAAAAACACAUACUAGUUAGAUGGUCGUGUACUUUUCUUUUUUUUUGGGGGGGGUACAGUUAACAAAGUAUACUUUUAAAAAGACUGUACAAAUAUUUAUGUAAUUCCUACAGGUUUUUCCAUAGCCCAGAUUUGUAUUCUAUGUUAAAAUAGACAGCUAAUUGACGUAGACUAGGCAUUUUGUUUACUAGAAAGCAAUUAUUUUCUUGCGUUAGAAGAUCCUUUAAAUAGGAGGUAAGUUUACAUGGGAAUUCAGCCUUCAAUAAAGCUGUAUUCCAGUAUUUUAUUGUUCACACUUUGAGCUACAACUCUUUGAAGAGAUUCCAUAACUGUGCAUAUUUUGUAAGUGGAAUGUGACCUUCAUAUUUAGAUGUGGUAUUUUCUUUUCUGUAAACUGUUAUAAAUGUAUCAGACUGUCAUUUAGUAAACUGUCUGGGAUAUGAUUUUGUUUUUAUUUUAAGUACAUACUGCAAAAGUCUCAUACAUUCAAUAAAGUCACGCCCUCAGCUUGGAAUCUGUUUCUAAACAACUUUUUUUUUAAUGCAAAGAAGGCAAAUUUAAUUUAAACCUUAGUAAAGUAAAUUUCAGUUUCUCUCUUUUCAGACUUUCCCUCUGCAGCUUAUUAAACUUCCUACCUAGUCUAAAGUAUUAAAUUGCAUCAUCAUCGGUAUGUAAGUUAUAUGUCUCCUGGCUACAAAAAUGAAUACCAUUAUCCAACGAAAUAAAACAAAUAUUAAAAUGAGCAAGUACUUAAA